GCCUGAAACAGUUUUGAAUGUGAGAAGCGCUGAUCUGAACAAUGGUGAGUUAUAAUCGGAGGGCGAAUCACGGGAUGCCAUAUGCGGUAGCAACGUCAUCCAAGCGAGCACUUAAGCCAACAAAAUAGGAUUGGUGAGAAAAACUGACAAACUUGCUGGUUCAAGUUGAUUUCCGCAGCUUCCCGUUAAUUCACAUCUUCCCUAGCAAAGAGGAGCUGUCCGUUAGCACUGGUGCUAAACACUUCAAUCUUAGUGGGACAACAUCCGCGGAACGCAGUUUUAAAUUUGAUUUAUAUGAACACACUGUUAUCAUUUAUCUAGAGAUCAGCCUGUAGCAGCACAGCUCGAAUUCUUUUCUAAAAACCCGUUCUUCACAUUGAUACUGGACUUAUUUUACACCCGGGAUAAAAGCGGUUUCUUUACAAAAGCAAGAGAUCAACAGAAGAAAAACGAUGGCUUUCAUGGUGAAACACAUGGUGGGGGGACAACUGAAGAACCUGACUGGCGGUUUAGGAGAAGAGAUGAAAGCUGGAGAAGGGGAAAAGACGGAAGCCGCAGCAAAAGGAAUGACACAAGAGGAGUUUGAACAAUACCAACAGCAGUUGGUGGAGGAAAAGAUGGAGCGAGAUGCCAACUUUGCCCAGAAGAAAGCAGAACGUGCCACAGUCAGGAGUCACUUUCGGGAAAAAUACAGGCUGCCAAAGAACGAGACUGACGAGACUCAGAUCCAGCAGGCGGGAGACGACAUUGAGCUGCCCACAGAGCUAGCCAAGAUGAUCGCGGAGGACAACCAGGAGGAGGCGCACAAGCAGUCGGUCAUCGGGCAGCUGACCAACAUCCAGAACGUGGAUCUGGACCAGCUGAAGGACAAGGCCCAGUCCACACUGGAGGACCUCAAGCAGUCUGCCGAGAAGUGCUCUGUCAUGUGACCUUGACCCCGCCCAGAAGCACACUUUGCAUUUCACUCGCCCACAGUCAACGCUCCGUACCGUCACUCACUGUCCUUUUGACCUCCCCCCACUCACACAGUUUUGUGAUCACAUGGUAACAGUUGCACACAGCUUUGAAGGCACACAUAUCCAGUGGAGAGGCUAUAGGCAGGUAUGUAUAGUUUCCUCCAUGAAGACAUGUAGAACACUUCCAGGAGGUUGGGGUUACAUACAACAUUACAUACACAAGAAAUCUUGCCCACUUGCAGGCUUUUUUUGCCACCUUUGCCCAUUUACUCUUUACUGCCUGUGCUCUGUAGCUCAUUGUGUUCAUGGUCCCAUGAUCUCUUCCACGUGUUAAAUUGACACCCCUAACCCCACCCAUAAAUCCGCCAUUUCAAUAAUACCGUUUUGUGCUGGUGGUUUGGUAUUGUUUAGCUGCUAUGAUGUGUCAAGUGCUGUCUUUGGGUGUCAUCCUAUGAGUGAUAGUACUGGUUUCAAUAUUUAGAAACACAAUCACACACUCACAAACAUACACUCCUGUAGGUAUAUUGGUAUAUGUCAGCAUUGUUGUAUUACGACAGAAUUCAGUAAAGCUGCUGUGUAAAUGUUUUUUUGGAGACUAGUGAGGACACAGAUCACGGAGUAGGGGCCUCACAAUGUACAAAAGUGUCAAAUUGCAAAUUCAGUGUUUUUGUGCGUAUCUGUGGCAUUUCAUUAAAACGAAUUUGUUUCACUAA